AUGAGUUGGAAGCUGCCUAUCACCAGACUAGACCCCUGCCACAGCUGCGCCGCCGCCGCCCGCCUGCUGGGCUCUACGCUGCCUUCCGCGCGGAGAGGUAUCACUUGUGGCCGUUCACGCAUCCCUGUUUUAGGAAAACUUGGGACUUUUGAAACUUGUUCCCUGAGACGAAUCCCUCUUAGGAACUUUUCAGAAACACCAGCGUACUUUGCUUCAAAAGAUGGUGCAAGCAAGGAUGGUUCUGGAGAUGGAAACAAGAAGUCUGUCAGUGAGGGCAGUGGUAAAAAGUCCAGCUCUGGAAACUCUGGGAAAGGAGGGAACCAGCUGCGCUGCCCGAAGUGUGGCGACUUGUGCACACACGUGGAGACCUUUGUGUCUUCCACCCGCUUUGUGAAGUGUGAAAAGUGUCACCAUUUUUUCGUUGUACUGUCAGAGGCAGACACAAAGAAGAGCAUCAUUAAAGAGCCCGAGUCAGCAGCAGAAGCUGUGAAAUUGGCAUUCCAGCAGAAGCCGCCGCCUCCACCGAAAAAGAUUUACAACUACCUCGACAAAUACGUUGUUGGUCAGUGUUUUGCCAAGAAGGUGCUUUCGGUUGCUGUGUACAAUCAUUACAAGAGGAUCUACAAUAAUAUCCCAGCUAACCUGAGACAGCAAGCAGAAGUUGAAAAGCAGACUUCUUUAACACCAAGGGAAUUAGAAAUCAGAAGACGGGAGGAUGAGUACAGAUUUACAAAACUUCUGCAGAUUGCUGGAAUCAGUCCACACGGUAAUGCUUUGGGAGCAUCAAUGCAGCAACAAAUGAACCAGCAGAUACCUCAGGAAAAACGGGGAGGAGAAGUCCUAGAUUCACCCAAUGAUGACAUAAAACUUGAAAAAAGUAAUAUUUUGCUGCUUGGACCAACUGGAUCAGGUAAAACCUUGCUGGCUCAGACUCUAGCUAAAUGCCUAGAUGUACCCUUUGCCAUCUGUGAUUGUACUACCUUGACCCAAGCUGGCUAUGUUGGUGAAGACAUUGAAUCUGUCAUUGCAAAACUCCUCCAAGAUGCCAACUACAAUGUAGAGAAAGCUCAACAAGGAAUUGUUUUUCUGGAUGAAGUAGAUAAGAUUGGCAGUGUUCCUGGCAUUCAUCAGUUACGGGAUGUUGGAGGAGAAGGGGUUCAACAAGGCUUGUUAAAGUUACUCGAAGGCACAAUAGUAAAUGUUCCAGAAAAGAAUUCUCGUAAACUACGUGGAGAAACGGUGCAGGUUGACACAACAAACAUCCUCUUUGUUGCUUCUGGUGCUUUUAAUGGUCUGGACAGAAUUAUCAGCAGGAGGAAGAAUGAAAAAUAUCUAGGAUUUGGCACACCAGCUAACAUGGGCAAAGGCAGAAGGGCUGCAGCAGCUGCUGAUCUUGCUAAUAUAAGUGGGGAGUCUGAUCCCCAGGAAGAAAUUGAAGAGAAAGAUCGCUUGCUGCGUCACGUGGAAGCCAGGGAUCUCAUUGAGUUUGGCAUGAUUCCCGAGUUUGUGGGACGUUUGCCCGUGGUGGUUCCUCUGCACAGCCUGGAUGAGAAAACCCUUGUACGGAUUCUUACUGAGCCACGAAAUGCUGUGGUUCCUCAGUACCAGGCCCUGUUCAGCAUGGAUAAGUGUGAAUUAAAUGUAACUGAAGAUGCAUUGAAGGCUAUAGCCAGACUGGCCCUGGACAGAAAAACUGGUGCAAGAGGCCUUCGAUCUAUAAUGGAGAAGCUGUUACUGGAGCCCAUGUUUGAAGUGCCCAAUUCUGACAUUGUAUGCGUGGAAGUUGACAAAGAUGUUGUAGAAGGCAAAAAAGAGCCAGGAUACAUUAGGGCUCCCACUAAAGAUUCAUCUGAGGAAGAAUAUGAUUCUGGUGUGGAGGAAGAAGGUUGGCCACGACAAGCAGAUGCUGCAAACCAUUAAAUACUGUCAGAAUGCUCGCCUGCAUAAAGCACACUUGGUUAUUUCUGGCUUCAGUCUGAUACUAAAAGGCAUUGGAUCUGUCUCGGAUACGUGAUGAGGAACUUUAUUAGCUCAAGCAGAUCGUGUAUUUUCUUGCAACAUCACAUUGAUUUAUCCGAUGGACAUUGUGUGGACUUGGAUGGCAUAAUGUUCAAAUAUGAAUUGUAUAUUACACUUGUUCAAUUAAAAUGUAUAGCAAAUCCAGCAGCACCUGGAUCCAUCGCUCUUCCUAGAAACUAAACCAGCAACGCCGGUGCUGCAAUAGUUAAAUUUUACAGUAAUAUUACUCUACAAACAUGGGAAUCAAGAUGAAUAAUUGGUGGAGGGUGAAUAAACCAUUAGCUCCUCACAGGGGGUUGCACUGGGGUCAGUGUUGGGUUGGAACCAGGUGGGUGCUGGAGUGACUUGUUACAGCGGAAACUGGGACAGGCUUUGUGACGCUGCUGGGAGAUCUUGCUAAGAUGUGACACUAGUUUGUUACAGUAAUUGAAAUGCAAUAGCAAAUAAUUAUCCUUCACCUCUCCAUUAGGAGUACGCUUUCAUCACCUGGAAUACCGUGAAAGAAGGUGAAGUCAGAACUUGGUAAUUCAUUUUUCCAGAGGAUUUCUAGGACGCGGUAAGCCAUCUGAAUUUGGACGAGAAGUCAACAUCAAUUUUUAACUAUUAAUGUUCUAAUAUAGUACAUUUUGUUUAACGUAUUGGAACUAUCAUGCAUCAGUUUUUUGGUGCACUUUGCCCAACCUCUAUCUUAUAAUGUUAAGAGAUGAAAGAAGUAAAUGUAUCAUAUUUUUGAUGUAACCUGUAGUGAUCGUUCACACGGCGCUUUUUAAGUUAUCUGCUCCAAUGCUGGUAGUGCUUCUUGUGGUUUUGUCUUUGAUUUCUAGUCUGGCAGCAAAGCGAUCCUCCCUCUUCUGUACCAAAAUGAAUACGAUCCUUUAGGAGAAUCUUUGUGGAAACACUGAAGGACCAGUGUGUUUUGGGAAUUAGAAUCGUUACUUGCAACUUUUUGUUCUUCAAUGAUACCUGGGCUUAGGUUUUACUGCCCCUUUCUUCUAACAUUUAAAUUCACACUAUUUAAAUGAAACUCUCAUCCUUCUUUUCAGUCCAGUGGAUGUUUUAGGGCAGGAGAGGUUACCGUGGAUGCAUUGACCCUAUUUCUGUUGAUUUUUGUUAUGUAAAUUUAAUGUGAUACUUGUGUUCUGACCUAGAAGCAGUGUGACAUGCAGUUGCAGCCAGGUGCAGCAGAUACUUCCCUUAGGAUUUCAGGUUUUAUUCAGGUAAAACGACCCACUAAUGGUUCAGAAAAAGCUGCAUUGGGAGUUGAGAGUAUUUCUAGGAGCUUAGAGCCCUCACAAUGGGAAUCUGGGGUGAACUAUCUGUACCUGCAUCCUCACUUUCCUCCUUCUAGAGUGAAAAAAGUACAUAUAACCGCUUUUAAUUCUGACUCCUCUCAUUCAGCUCCCUUUUUAAAUGGAUUAAAACCAAACCCCAGCCUUUUAGGUGAAACUGUUCAACAACUUAGUUUUGAAAGUUGUUUGGAAUUAUGUAAAACACAAACUGUUUUUAAGGAAACAAAUCGCUCUGUAACUACAGUUUGUACUUCACCUCUGCCGUUUGAAUAAAACCGAGCGAAUACUCAA